AUGAAUCAGAAAUACUUAAUUGGUUUGCAUAUAUUUUUUUUCCUUAUACUUGCUGAAAAAAUUUAUGGAUGCCAUCCUCGUGGAAUUGGUUGUAGUGCAGAAGGCGGGAAAAAUUUUUGUGGUGCUCAGAUUCUAGAUGUUAAUUUGUUAUCAGAUUCAACACUCACUAUCACGGUUGUUGGUGGUUCUGUUGAUGGUCAUGAAAAUUCAAUACCACAUGCAUUAGGCCACCUUUACAUUCAUGAUGAUACUGGUAAUAGUUGGGAAUUUCUAACAGACCCAAUAUUUGUUAAUGGUCAUAUGUGUACUCAUGAUGAUCCUUCACAACAAAAGGAUACCUUCACAUAUUCAUCGCAAUUUGGUUUCAAGACACCUCCAGAUGGAACUUGGUUUGAUAUUUGGGUUUCAGUGUAUUGGGAUUGUGAUACACGUUUCUUUUCUGCUAUAUCUUGUCGAAUUACGACAUCAAAUGGAACAACGCUUAAUGGAAAUGUUUAUAUUUUUGAUACAAUAAAUUAUGUCUGGGUUACUAAAAUAAAUUCAACUAUACCUUCUACUACAACUAGCAUAUCAACUACUGCAACGAGAAAUACAACCACUACAACCAGUAGCCCAACUCAAACAAUUAUAAAUUCACAACCCUCAUCUAAUAAUGUUAAUUAUGGAUUGAUAAUUGGAAUUAGCAUCGGUGCAGGUGCACUUGGAAUUGCGAUAUUAUCUUUUAUUGGAAUUUUAAUAUAUAAAAUUCGGCUUCAACGUUCAGCUAUUCAGACACCUGGCAAACACCAAUAA